AUGCGAUAUCGCAAGCUGCAGAAAAGGACUGGUACCUUGCGCGAUGCUGUCAUGGCCUAUGAAACAGUUCGCAAACCACUGGGCAAUCGAAAACUCACAGCCAAUGACAUGUGCACCAUUGCUUUUGGAAAUUGCCAUCGGCGAACAUUCCUAGCAGAGCGCUUUGAUGUCUCAAAGCAAACUAUCAGGAGGGCUUUGUCUUUCACUGCAUUGACUGUUCUUGAGAUCCAACUGCAUCAACUGAAGGACUUGAGAGAUUUUGUGCUGACAAAAUCACCAGAUUUUUCUGCUGCUUCGCUCAGUUGGGACGAAACCUCUCAAAUCCUAGCUUUGGAUUCAAUGGAAACAUCUUUGUUGGAAGGGCGAUUGUACAACCAAGAGCUCAUCAGCUACCUGAUCGACAACUUGCGGCACGGAUCGCGGGAGAUGAGUGCCAGCCAACCAGGUCUUCUUGGUUGGCAGAAGGCAGCCAAGGACAUCAAGCAUUGUUUCGAAAAGGUGCUCAAUGGCCCUUACUGGCACCGUGGUCCUCUGAUGCAUCUCUGUGUUGGUGGGUGCUGCGACAGCCGCGCAGAAGCAGAAUCAAAGGUGACAUGGGCUAUUUUGCGCGUGCUUCUGCGUACUCUCCCGGUGACCCCUUUGCUAUCCGACUGGGUCAGACUUGGACCCAACUUGGACUUCUUCAUUGCUGCCGAGCAUCAAGGCCUCCUGACAAAGCUACUAUUGAGCGCUCAAUGGGCAAUGCAGUUGCCUACCCAGGAUGUUUCGGGGGAGACCGUCUGCAUUGAGUGGAGAGCUCUAGCAGGCAGCAGAUUCCAGAGAACUUGUAAAAUGUUGGUCAGCUACGAAGAGCGCUUUGAAAGGACGUUGUUAGCAAUUGCGAUCGAACCUUUGCGGCAUCUACAUUCUGCAUUCCUGAAGUGCGCGCACACAGCGCCAGAUGACCAAUCUUGGCCUACGUUGCUGCAGCAAAUUUGGGCCCCAAGCAGCAAAUUUGUGGCGGUCCUCCAGUACUACAGUUCCUUGCUGACAGGAGCCUGUGGUCGGAUGCGGCUUUUGUUUCAGCUAGACGGCCACACUUCCAUGUCCCAAUGGGUUGCGGAAUGUCCGGAAGAAGCACGCCAAGCCAGAAACUUGAUUCUGCUCAUUGCAGGAAGUGUUCACAAACGGUUCUUGGCAACGCUUGACAGGUUUCCUUUCAAGCUGUUUGGUCUUGCAGAUGCUCGACGUCGUGAUGGUGAAGCAUUGGUGAAAGAGUUCUAUAGCAAGCCACUCUGCUGCCAUCCAGCAGGAUUCGCCAGGGAACUGAGAAAACAUGUCAGCAAAGAUGAUUUCAUGCAACAUCUUUCACAGUUUCGAUGGUUUGCAUUGAUGACUUCUUUCAUCACAAAGCUGACAAUUGCCAGUGUGGAGCGACGGCAUGCGACCCACCAACAGCAGGCCAACAGGGGCAUGCCAUUCUCAAUGUUUGCUGCAGGCUCUGUGCUUGCGGAGUGCAGACACCAGGAUUCAGCAGUGGAGAGGAUGAAGCUUGAGCGUUUGCGCAUCCAACGCGAAAAGGACCAAAUGCAACGUGGUCUAGAUGGCCCAGUGAGUCUGCCUGCUGACAAACCAAGCAAGGUCCGGAGUCGAAAGCAAAGAACUGGAGGACGGGUGGUUCGGGCACAGUCAGCUGAGGAGAUUUACAGGUGGGAUUGGUUGAAGCGUGAGAAGACAUUGGGAAGGUCAUGGAAACCAGCUUCCAAGGAAUGCUGGAAAGCAAGCAGGGCUGCUUUCUCAGACUUGACAGCAGAGGAGAAAGCAGUGUUGGAAGAAAGAUCCAAGGCGAGCAAGCUAGAGGCUGCUGUGAACAGGAAGGUCUUGAAGAGGCUGAAAAAAUGCCAAGACAGGACAUGUUCCACAACAGAGCAUCAAGUUUGUGGUGAGUCACAGCCCGCUGCAUCAACUCAGGGCCAGACUGAGGAGGCCGACCCUUUGGCUCUCAUGAUCCAGCAACCUGCAACACUUGAAGACGCUAGCCAACGCCAGCCACCGAUGCCAAAACAAGUCAGUUGUCAGAGUUUGCUCAGCCCUUUGCAAGUGCAGGCCCAGUCUGGUGACAGUGCUGCUGGGCGUUCAAAACAGAAGUUUCCAAUCAAGCCUGAGGCGAUCUUGAUCAGAUCAAAAGCACCAGGCGGUGUUCGCAAGGGAGUUGACGACUUCACACAACAGGCGACUACAAUUGCAGGAGGAGAUGCUAUGCCCAACCAGGUACUCUACCCUGGUUGUUGUGGCGCCUUGUGUCGCAACCAGAGCACCCAAAGGGCACUGUAUCUACAUGGCAAGAUCGUGGAUUCAUUGUUGAAAGUUGUGGAAGGAUCAAACUUGAAACCGGGCCAUGUCUCCAGAGGAUCCAUCCUUUUUGCUGCAGAGCAGUACCAGGACACUGCGCUCGACAUCCCAAGCAGAACUAGCUUCUAUGCCAUUGCUCACGCUUCUGGCCGGCAAGCACACCACAAGCCACAAGUGACACUUGCAGAGCUGGAGCUUGUUUGUAUCACUGAAGAUGAAUUUGCUGCGAAGAUGUGCUUCGUGGACGACGAUGUUGUGGAGAAGGUUGUUCUGGUUGUAUUGACAUGGGGGUGGGGAGGAGCUACAUCACGCCUUGACACAUAUGAGGUUUCUGGAAGAGGGAACACAUAUGUCGCAUCAUGUGAACGUCCUCAGCCACAUCAACCUCAACGUGGGCGUGGGGGUGGACAAGUGGCUGAUCCUGAAGAUCUGUUGAUGCUGGAAGACUUGGCAGUUCGUCCUUCAGCAGCGCGUCCAGCCCGAGCAAGCAGGGCCCCUAGGGCCCCUAGUGCUUUCGUGCAAGAUGAACACGACUAUCUUGCAGAUAUCAUUCGUGAGCUUGAAGACCACAACGACGUGAUUGCUCAGCCUUUAGCAGAGGAGCGGUCUGAUGGGGAGGAUGGAGACGCUGAGCAGGAAAAUGCAGAAGAUGAUGCACAGCAUGAGCCACAACAAGACCCGCAGCCUGCUCAAAGACAUGCAGGUGCUGCUGCAGGGGUUCCAGUGCCAGUGCAACCUCAGCAGCCUGUGUUGCAAGCGCCGAGGUUGAUGUACGACAGAGGUGGCUGGGACUUUGCGGCAGUGGAAAGCCGACAGUCAGUCGGCCGGUUGCACCACCUUGGAUCCAGUAGCUUGAAAGCGACUUGCAAGAUCCACAAGACUUGCUCCUGUGCAGUUUCUCUGCCUGCCGAGGGCACGCAGCGACAUGAACAAGUUAUGUCCACCUUGGGCCGAUCCCCAAGCUUUGAGGACAUAGAGAGAGAUUUGAAGGAGUGGUUGGCUCAAGGAUUGAGCUGUGAGGGUGAGGAGCACGCCAACUUUGGCACACAGCUGAAGUCUGAACGGUGGAAGAUGAAGCUUCGUCAGCGGCAGUAG